UGUUUUGUACCUUUCUGAAGAAUGUCGUCUGGUAAUGUUUACAAACACUUCAAGUUGCCUUUGCCAAAUUGUAUAUUUUUAGUCCGCUCUUAGCUUUUUAUAACAUUUUUUUUAUUCAACAUACACAAUGCCUAAGCUAUACAACUGCAAGCCUUGUAAUUAUAAAACUAACCGAGAGCAGCAUCUACAGAGACAUUUAGAAAGUAAACACCACGCUGCAGCCUUAUUUUUUGAUGAUUCGGAUAGCGAGGAUGCUAACGAUAGCACUGAUGAAAACCCUAACUUUUGUGACAUCAGUGAUCCGUCGACCGAUGAUCAUGUUGCUGACGUGAUGGUCCACACUGUGUUGGAAAAUGAAAGCACCAGCCUGUCAAUGUCGGAGGGAGAAGACGAGCAGAGCGAUUCACAGGGAGAAGGCAGUGAAACAGAAGAUAAUACAGAGCCAAGGCAUGCUUCAAAUGAUGAGCAGUCAAAAGACUUUGAUUGGUAUCCUUUCCAGUCAAAGACAGAAUUAUUGAUAUACAUUUUCAUGAAUUCCACAACUCAUCCUAUUAGUGAUGAAGUUGUUAAAUUUGUGCUGUACAUGAUGAAAGAAUUAAAUGUUCCUGAUAUUCCAUUGUUUUACAAACUGAAAGAAAAGAAGUUUGGAAGUUUUUCAUGGGAAGAACUAAUUACAAAGGGACAGAACUCAGAUAACAUUCCAUUGUGGACUCUAAAACCAUCUGCAAUUUUGAAGAUGAUGAUUUCACACCCAGAUACUUCUAAAUCUAUCAUAAGAAAGCCACUUGCUAAUUGUGAAGUUAUAGGACAUCCUGCUCAAGCAGAAAAGUGGAAAACUGAUAUCAACUUCAAUAAUGAUAGAGUGGAUGAUUUACCUGUUGUUCACAUUCCUAUUAAUCUUUUUUUGGAUGACACUGCAACACACAAGAGCAGACAGUGGAUGGCACUGCACUGUAUUCAAAUGCAAAUAGCAGGGUUACCAACCAAGGAAAGACAAAAAGAAGGUGCCCUUCAAUUUCUAGGUGCAUCUGAAAAAGUAGAAAUAAUGGAUGUUGCACAAGUAAUAGUAAAUGAUAUAAAAGAUCUUCAAAGUGAUGGAGUCGAAGGUUAUGAUGCCAAUGAGAUGAAAAAAUGCUUCAUUAAGUCAAGUCUCAACUCUGUUAUUGCAGACUUCAAUAUGUUGUCUUAUUGUUGCAACCAUUUAGGAGCAGCAGCUAAUAAAUACUGCCCAAGAUGCAAUGUUGAUUCUGAACAUUUCAUGUCUUUAGGAACUUCAAGAACACCAGAAGAAACCAAGAGAACAAUCGAAAGAAUUAAUUUGAGAUCCAGUGAGAGAGACAAGAAAGCGUUAAGAAAACAGAAAGGAGUGAAAGAGCACGAAAAUGUUUUUUGGGAUUUAAUAGAUCCUCAUAGAGACAUACCUGUAGGAUUACUUCAUCUGAUACCUCUUGGCCUUGCAAAGCACCUGGUGAAGUUAAUUCUACAGGAUUUAGACAGUAUACAAAAACUGAAACUGCAAUUGCAUUUGCUGUCGAUGGUACCAGGAAGCAAAUUCCAAAAUUUCUUCCAUUAUAUUGAUAGCAAACAAGGAAAGCACUUUAAAGAAUAUUUACAGCUUGCACCUCUCAACAUGAGUUAUGCAGGAGUAGCUGGAAAGUAUGUACGCAUGGUGUCCUACCUUGCAAAGAUUCAGAAAACCUUAAACCAGGCCAAUUUUACAAGGACAGAUAUUCAAGAUCUGAGAGAAGACAUCAGAGCAUAUCAUCAGCUUGUGCAUCAACAUGCACCUGAACUGAAGAAAAAGGCUAAAACACAUCUUCUGUUGCAUGUGGUUGAGGAUAUACAGCGCCAUGGUCCACCACAGUCUUUUCAAGAGGACGCUUUUGAAAAAAAUCACGGUACAAUUCGCAAUAUAAUAUUUUUACAGAACCAGAAAGCGAGAUCAAGAGACACCAGCAUUAAAUUUGCAAAGCACUAUGUUGCUAAGCAUAUUAUGACUGGAGGGUAUUUUGAGGACCAUGAGACAUGGAAAACUGCAUCACCAAAUGUGAUCAACUUUGGAUUAUCCUCCCCAGAAGUAAGAAAGUAUUUUGGGUUGGGUCACCAGACUCAACGGGUCGCAGGAAAAAUUUCAUUAUUAAAAAGAGGAAAACAUGGACAUGUUUUGGAGGAAUCCCAAAAUGAGGAUGUAAUAUUGAGUGCCACUCUUUCACUAAAUAUUGAUGCUAACAUCAGCCAGUAUACCCUGAAGAGAGGAAGUGGUGUGACCACCCAAGAAAAUGAGCUUGCUCAAAGUGGCGAUUGGGUGCAAUACAUAAAUGAGAAUGAAAAUGAAUGCUAUGGUAUAUUCCAAGAGGGGUAUAUUUUAACACCAAAAAGAGGAAGCACAAGACUAAUAGUCAAAUUGCAGAAAGCUGAGAAGGUCAACACCAAGGAUUGUAACUGUGACAUGUACAAUGUGCAAAAUGUUUUUGAUAUUUUAAGUUCUAUAAAUGUACAGAAAAGGGUUAAUUUUUUUCAUGAUUGCAAAGGAGGAUCAUGCAACAUUUCAGAGGCAUUGCAUGAAGAAAGAAUUGAACAAGAAAACAUUACAAGAAAAACAAAUCAUUUGAAACACAAGAAAAAUCAUACUGUGUAUGUUCUAAAUAAAUAUAGUUUCAUUUAGUCAAUAAUGUAAAUGUACAGUAGGUUAUGUUUGACUUGUUGAAAAGAAGUAUGUUUCAUAAGGCCCCAAUUUAACAUGUUUAACACCAUGUUUAAUAUCAAAUAUUAAUAUCAUUGUUUCAAGACAAAAAUUGCAUCAAGAUAAUGAAUUUGGAAGAAGAGAAGUUAUAAAUAAAUAUUUUUAUGGAGCUUUUCUUAUAAAAGGUGUAAAUUUACACUUUGAAUUAUAAAUACACAAAAAAAUAAGAGUUUGGUGAAAUUUGACAAAAUCAGUUGCAUUAAACAUAAUUUGUAUUCAAGUUUCUUAACUUAAUAUGAGUAUUUUCCAGAUAUGUGACAUAUUAUUAGUUUAAAUUGAACAGGUUUGGACCCUGUUUUAAAAUGCACACAUUAAGAGAAUUGUAUAAAAUGACCAAAUUGAAGAUAAAAACUUAACAUAUCGGUUAAAAAAUUACAAAUUUGGAUACACAUCUUAAUGUGCUUAAUUUUUUAUCUUAUUGUCCUUAAAUUUUUAACAGAAAUUUAUGUAUUAGUUAAGAUAUUCCUUGUAUUCCAAAUUUCAUAACAUGAUUUGUAUGAAAAGUUUUGAGGGGGCAGUGGUGGUUGGAACAAUUGUCUGUAAAAGUUUAGAAAUAUCUUCUGGUGCUAUGACUGCAAUGAACCUUGUUAUGUAGGUGGUGUUUAAAAAGGUUUACAAAAUGAAUUGUAGGUGAGAAAAAUUAUUAAAAAAAUGGUUAUGAAAUUGUUUAAAUUUGUUAUUUUAAUGCAAAUUUUGUGAAAAAAAUGUUAUGGUAUUAUUUUAAUAAUUUUUUUAAAAAGCAUAAAUUGCUUUUCCAUAUUCAUACUCAGUAACAGUGAAAAGUUUGGAGUAAAAUUUUAAAAUUUGGUACAUACGAAUUAACAAACUGUACUUGGAUUUGACCAUAGCUGUUAAUUUGUGAAUGUCACAUCCUGAAUUACUUUCUUGUGUCAAAAGUUACAAGAAUGUAUAACCCAUGAUAAUCAAAUGUAUGCACAAGUUUACAUAAUUUGCUUUUGUUAAUAUGAUUAAUUAAUUUGCAAAGAUAUAUACCUUGCUGACAUAUAUUUUGUAGUUUGACCCUUGUUUGGCUCCUGUAAGACAUGAUCCUCAUUAUUAUUCAGAAUUUAAAUAUUUUCAUCAAUUGGCUUUUAGAAAUAAUUUACUGUGGAAAAGCUAUUUAUUGGAACAGGAUCUAAAAACAUGUAUUUCAAAUAUUUAUUCACAGUCACACUAUACAGGUUAGAUGUAACAUUGUUUUGUCUUGAUAUUAAAUUGCUGAUCCUGCUUAAAUUAUAAUUUUUUAAUCUUUUUAUCCAAAUAUUUCUCAACAAAUAUGAAUAUUAAUAGAUUACCUGUACUCAGAUAUUGAAUGUGUGUUUGAUUAUAAACAUAUAUAAAAUUUUAUGUUUAUUAUAAUAAAGCAAAUAGUUUUCAUGAAUCGCCAGAAAAUUUCAUAAAUCUAGAAACUGUAACCAUGGUAACAGUUGCAAAAGUAUUGAAGUAUAACACAAAUAUUACAUAAUUGCUGUCAAUAAUAUCAUUUUUUCACUAACACAAAUUCGAAAUAUAAAAAUAAAUCUUAUAUCUGUAGACAAUUUAUAAUUAUUUUAUUUAUCUGAUGUUUACCAUGUAUCAAUAUUGCUUCAAAAAUUUAACAGUAUAAAAGUUUAAUACCA